UCCAAUUCGCGCGCCGUGUAUAAAAGACAUCUCCCGAUGAUGGCUCAUCAUUUCAUGUACUAUCAUUGGGAGAUGUUCCGAACACACGUCUGGGAUGUGGUGUGGGACGCAGUGGGUCGCCUACUUGUAGGAGCUGAUUUGAACUCGAAGGAGCCAGUCCAACUACUGAACUACCCAACAAAACCAUCAAAGCCUGCACAGACCGAGAUCUGCGAUUCGCACAUCCCUCUCUUACUCACUGUUAUCGCCAUGGCUGGGAAGCUAGACUGUGUUGUUGUAGCAGUCGACGGAAGCGAAGAGAGCAUGAACGCCUUGAAAUGGGCGCUCGAUAAUCUGACGCUCCGAACCCAGGGAGAAGGCUCCGAAGCCGGUACUUUCGUCAUCCUCCACGUCCAAUCUCCGCCAUCCAUCGCCGUCGGUCUUAACCCCGGUUCUAUCCCGUUUGGUGGUCCUUCUGACUUGGAGGUGCCUGCGUUUACCGCGGCGAUUGAGGCGCACCAGAGGCGCAUCACUAAUGCGAUCUUGAAUCACGCGUUGAAGAUUUGCUCUGAAAAGCAUGCUAUUGUCAAAACGCAAGUAGUUGUUGGCGAUCCAAAAGAGAUGAUUUGCGAUUUCACAGAAAACUUGAAAGCCGAUCUUCUUGUGAUGGGAUCCCACGCUUAUGGUCCUAUCAAAAGGAUGUUUUUGGGUAGUGUAAGCAACUAUUGCACCAACCAUGUACAAUGUCCAGUGAUUGUAGUAAAGGGUGAUUCAUGAUGAAGUGCCUUAGAAUACUUUUUUCUUGGGAAGUUUGAACAACUACAGUUUCCAUUAUUUUCCGGUUUAUUGCCAGCGUGCUUGAUUAUGCUUUUUCGUCAGCUGUAUCAGUGUGAUCUUUCCCAUCUUGCUAUUUCUUGCUUGUGGUUAUUAUGUCACUACCAGGUUGUAACAUCUUUCCCGUUUGUUCCAUUGUGGCAUAGCAACUGUUGUAUUUGUAAAUUUCUCCUAUUCUUAUGAAAUCUGAAAGAUUGUGGGAGUUUGGCUCUCUAUAGUAGAUGUAAAAAACGGAAAAAAAGGUGGAGUUAUUAAAGCUCCCAGUUGUUCUUUUUGGUGUCCUGUGUGCCUGUAAGCUUGUGAAACAACUAAUAUUCAAUAUUUAUUAUGGAUUGGCUCAUUGUUUACAA